AAUUGAUAUUACCAAAACUAAAACGACACGUGAAGUCUUAAACAGCCAAUAAAAAGCUACCGACAUAAGGCAAAACUGAUCGUACCAUUAAACGUAAUCCACGUGGUUUCAGAUUACACGUGGCAUCACACACGUAUCUCCAUUUGGCCUAUAAAUACAAACCCUUAAGCCCACAUUGUUUCUCAUCAUCUUCACUACCAAAAAACACAUAUCAAAAACGAUUUUACAAGAGAAAAAAAUGUCAGAGACCAACAAGACUGCCUUCCAAGCCGGUCAGACCACUGGCAAAGCUGAGGAGAAGAGCAAUGUUCUUCUGGACAAGGCCAAGGAUGCUGCUGCUGGAGCUGGAACUGCCGCCCAACAGGCGGGAAAGAGUAUAUCGGAUGCGGCAGCUGGAGGUGUUAACUUCGUGAAGGAGAAGACCGGCAUGAACAAGUAGCGAUUCGAGUCAAAAUUGGGAGUUAUAUAUAAUUUCCCUUAUCUAAUCUAAUUAAUUGUUGGGAUUUUAAAUAAACUUGGGAGUCAUAAUUGAUUCUCAUAUUCAAUCGUACUUCUUGUUGUUGUCUUUAGUGUUGUAAUGUUUUAAUGUUUCUUCUCCCUUUAAAUGUAUGUUUGGAUGUUUAUGUAUUUUUAGCUUCGGGUUAAUCAACAACAUCUAGUUUAAGUUCCAACAA